AGCGCUGCUUGCGGGUGGGUGUCUCUGAGUUAGUUACCUCGUUAAGGGAAGAUGGGCCGGCAGCUCGCAAAGCUUCCCUUGGUGGGAGCCGAGGAACGGCCUGGAGUUGCGUCUUUGGGGGGACGCCGGUCGGAUGCCGGCAUGAGGUUCCGUCCGCAGAGAGGUCGGGCGUGGAGCGGGCUGCGUGCGGCGGUCGCAGCUCCAGGGCCCGCAGCUGGAGAGCUGGGAUAGCUGUCUCGGCCGUAGGGUUUGAACUUUGAAUGGUGCUGUGUGGAGCCGGGAGCGGGGCUCUGUGAGCCUCAUGGGUCCCUUCGACGGGGUGCCUAGCUGACAGAAGGGGUGCUUGUAUUUCAUGUAUUGAUAGCUCUUCUUCGCACUAGCAUUCCAUACGCAGUGCUUUCUUAACUAAUGUCUGCUUUGGAGAAGGAUAGCUAACAGAAGCUGGGAUCCGGCUCCUUCAUUUAGCACUUGUCCAUAUCGCAAACAUUUAGCCAUGCUGUUCUGGUAGUGACUGCGAAGCAGGGUUAUCUUCAUAGCUUUUAAUCCAGUUAAAAUUCAUACAGAUUACAAUGUAUACUGAUAACUAGUUUAAAAUGCCAGUAAUUAGUGGGUUUCCUGAUUGUGAUUGCUUGAUAAGUCCUAUCAGAUGAUUCUACGAAUGAGACACAGAGCAGGGAUAGCACCUAGGUUGCUUUUCCGUAGUUCUGACAGCUCCAUAUCUGUUAGCAGGUCAGCAGGUGUGACUGAAGACAGAAGUAGAAAUGAGGCAAAAGACUAGUGACUAAGUUUUCUUCUGUUGAACAUUCUUCUGCCUUUACAGGCAGCCACUUAGCAUGUCAGCAGUGUUAUUUAACAUACGGAAUUCAUUAAUGGAGGUGCUAAAGCUUAAGAAUUUCAAGCACAAUUCUAGCCAUCAAGUGUAAGGACCUUAAGGAGAAACUUACUUCCGGGGGUAGGUUAUUCCAGAAUAUGUAUGUUGCAGUGUUACUUGAGGUAGAUGUCACUAGUCAGUGCUGUUAAUGGGCUCCUGCUCUGUCUGUUAUGUGAAGUUCAAAGUUUCUGUAAUUUUAAUUUAAAUGUACAGCUCUAACAUGAGAUGAAACUUGAAAGAGUUGCUUUAUAGGAAAUUUUUAUGAAUAGUAUUGGUCAAUUUCUGUGUUUCAUCCUGUCAGCUUUUUGUUAGCUAAAGUCUCUCCUACCUUUUAUAAGAGGAGAAACUGUUCUUAGUUUUACAAAAGCCUACCUACCCUUAGGAAGCAUGGGAAGGUUGUUACAAGUACGUGUCGCAGGAGGCCAUCAUGUAACUGCAUUUUUCUGUUUUGUCACUACUAGUUCCAGACUUUCAGUAUUUUCAUUCAGAAAGGGUAUGGGGAGGCAUUUCUAAGGCCACAUCUCCACUAGGAGUGACUUGCAGGUAUACUAUGUGUUGUGCUUUUAGCAGUAUGGAUUUCUUCAUCCCUGUCUUGUUCUCUGAUCACAAGACUUGCUUCAUUCAGAGAGUGAAACAGACUGUUAUAACAAAACCACAGCUUUGCAGGUUUCAACUGUGUUUGUUGUGUGGGCUUCAUCCAGCAUGGCUGACUUAUUUGCAAUCCAGCUCCUAGAAUAGCUGUUUGGAAGACAGAUGUAACCUGGGCAACUUUAAUUCUUGGGAAGAAAUUGUUUAUGAGUAGCUUUUAGCUUGUUUUGCCUUUGUAGGAAGAAAAGUGGCUCUAAUAUUUUAGUUGUCUAUUUACAUUUCAUUCUUUGAGUCAUUUGAGCUACCCCGAAAGUCUCCAAUUAAUUUACUGGCAGUGUAGAAAGAAAUAAGUGACUAUUCCACUUCACUCAGGAGAGCCUUGAUUUAGUUGCAGAUGACUACUGUACACUAUAUAUCUGUUAUUUGAUCUUGGUUAACCAUCGUGCUGAACUUCAGCCAUCCAGUAGAGCUGGGCAUUGCAUUUUUGCCAGUUCAAGAAAUUACAUUCAUCUAUAUAGAUGUGGUUUGGUGGGCAUGGUGCUGAUGGGAGGGUGGUUGGACUUGAUGGAGACUGGAUGGUCUUAGUGGUCUUUUCCAACCUUAAUGAUUCUAUGAUUCUAUUUAUUAACAUUUGUGGCCACAGAAGCUGUGAGUUAUUGCCUCAUCUGUCGGAAUUUUUAGCAAAGUUAGAAAUAUGUACUGUGCUCCCAAAAUGAAUGUACCAUGCACCAGUGAUUUUACGUAUGGAACGAUUCUACUUCAGGUAAUACAGUAAGAUUGGCAGACCUGUGCUCUGUACUUGACUUGCCAAGCUAUUGAAGGAAAGAGCUGAACAAGAUAUGGUCAUCUGCCCUUCCACCAAAUCCAUGUCUGUAGUACUUCUGACUCCUCUUGGAUUUAUCCACUGGCAGUGUUCACAGCAAUAGCGUGUUUUAAAAGAGCAAUUGCAUUCAACAAGAACAACAAAAAAACUGUACUGUACUUCUGCUUCAAUUAAUUUCUUUAUUUCUGUCUUAGAUUUUUCAACAUGUUUUAACCUACUCUGAAGGACCCAACAGCCACGUCUACUGUGGUAUCAUUCCGUUGUAGUUGGUACAGGGAACUGAAAGAUUGGAUUGUGGGAACUUCCUUGAAACUUAAGAAAUUAGCCUGAGGCAGGUGGAAGGCUUGAGUCCCAAAAGUUCUACAAAGUAAUGUGAUGCAAAGAAUUGUGGCCUGUCUUUUCUGUUCUCUAAUGUGUUAUUAAAUAUGAAUAGUUCAGAGUGUUUUGCAGGGAAUAAGCAGUGGUUUCACUGGCAAGUCUUUGCUAACCUAAAUCUGUGAUAAAAAGCAAAUGUGAAGCUGGAAAUUUAAUAGAAUUCCACAGAUUGCUUAACAGAUGCCUCAGAACUUUGAUAAGAUUUCUGCAAGGACGUGCAUAGCCGCUUUUGACUUAUACUGUUGGAUCUUUUGUUAGAUUCAGAGGAAGUCUCUGUUUUGUUUUUUAAUGGUUUUUAUAGUUCCUCAAUGGAAGAGGUGUUGAAGACAGCCACCAGCACUGGGGGAGCAUGGAGACAAAAUAGUCACAUAUUGACACCUUCAAAAAAAUACUGAGCACACGGAUGGAAAUGAAGAGCUUGAACCAUCACUUCAGCAUGGCAGCAGCUGAAUCCGACAAGGACUCCGGAUACUCAGAUGGCAGUUCAGAGUGCCUAAGUGCUAUGGAGCAUACUGACUCUGAGGAUGUCCUGAAUGCGCUGUGUUGGAAUGCAGAGGAUGGGCCUUGGCCUUGCCCUGUGAGCACGAGCAGCUCCUUUCCUGCACUUUCUCCUAUGGUUGUAAUGAAAAAUGUUCUAGUAAAGCAGGGGAGUUCAUCCCAGCUCCAGUCUUGGACUGUCCAGCCAUCCUUUGAAGUGAUUCCAGCUCAGCCACAGCUGGUAUUUCUUCACCCAUCAAUCCCACCUCCCAUUAACCCUCACCCUGUCGGGAAAAAGAGAAACGAUCCCACUAACUACCUGCCCAUCCUGAACUCUUAUCCCAAAAUAGCACCACAGCCCUGUAAGAGAGACCACUCCUUCGAUCUAGAGGAACAUCAGGAAACCAGUUGCCAUAAACGACUCUGCACAGAAGCAUCUAAAAUGGAGACUUCUCCUAUAUCAAGGAGCACAGGUUUGUCUACUACUAGUCCUUUUGCCCAUCUACCAGUUAGCUUUAAGGCUCCUCAAGAUUCUAACCAGCAAAGUUCUUCAAGCUUGAUGACAACUGGAAAAGUGUCAAAUCUUCCUGGUUUACAUCGCGUUUCUGCUGACACUCCAAAAGUUCCAGGUUUGGCUUCUCUUUUGCCUUUUGGAACUCUACAGACAGCAAAGUGCACUCCUCAUGAGAAUGAGAGUGCAUCACAAACUACAAUGCAGUCUGCAGUGUGGAGCCUGCCACUGAUACCAGAAGAGACUUGCACUACCCCCGAGCUGCUUUUGCAACAGCAAAGUAAGUGCAGACGCUUUCAGAAUACACUCGUUGUGCUACGCAGGUCAGGAUUGCUAGAGAUCACUUUAAAAACCAAGGAGCUCAUUCAUCAGAACCAGGUGACUCAAGCUGAGCUGGACAGACUGAAGCACCAAACACAACUUUUCAUAGAGGCAAUAAAGAACAAUGCUCCACAGUCAUGGGCAGAGCUAGAAGCAUCGCUAACAGGUUCAGAUAAAGCUAAUAGCAACCUUGAAGACUCCACUUAUCCAAACAUGUAGUAAAAUGGUACAUAGAUGUUAAGUUAUUCCUGUGCCUCCUAUUUCCUGUCUCAAGCUUUUACUUGAACGUUCUGAGUCCAAGAUGUGCAAGGUGGCAUGCCAUUCACAGCUUGUCUUUACAGCCACCCGUGGGACUGGGAUUGGGACAGCACAGUGGGAUCUUGGCCAGAUGACUACUCGCUACUCCAGUAUGACCUUGAACUCCAUGCUAACUCUAUACUGUCUUGGACUUCGGAAGCUUGGAUGUGCUCUGCUGGCAUGCUCCCAUUCUUGCUGUGAGAAGACAGUCAUUUGCAGAAUUCUGCAAGCAAGUCUUUUCCUAUUCCCAUCUUCAGAUUGUCAGUUCUGAGAGUGGCAUGGCAAAACAGUCCCCAGUAUUGGGCUAUCACCAGUUGCAGGAAGGGAGUUGGUGUGAGGAGAAGAUCAGUUUGGUGGGGUGCUAUCAGACUGUUGCUGUCGAUAGAGAGUCUUGCUUUUGGGGUUACAGUUGUUUUGAAUUAGUGCAGAUCUGCUUGUGGUGAAGCAACAUUCUGUAUUUAUUGCAAUCUUUGACCAAACUGACAAGAGUCUUAGGAGCCCGCUGACUUGAUUUUGUUGAGCAUAUGUUGGAUUUUGGUCUGUAAAGAUGAAUGAAGGAGAAUUGCACUGGAAGUGUUUGUUUCAAAGCUGUAUUUAUUUGCACUUCCCGUUAGUGACUAAAAAGUGUACGGAGCAAAAGGCUUUAGAUUUUCUUGGUAGAAUGCAGAGGCAUUUUUAAACAUUGUGCAAGAAAGACACUUGUUCACCAGAGCUAAUUUGGCAAGACUAGUUAAAUGUUAUUUUAUCCAUAUAUCUUUCGUUUAUGAGGCUAAACUUUUUUUUUUUUUUUCUUUGAAAUUGCUCCCAGUCUUGUUCAGCAUCUGCAUCAGUGACCUUGAUGAUGAGGGGAUAGUGUCCACACUCAGCAAGUUUGCUGAUGAUAUGAAGCUGGGAGGAAGCACACCAGAAAGCUGUGCUGCCAUUCAGCAAGACCCGGGCAGACUGAAGAGUUGGGCAGGGAGGAACUAGAUUAGGUUUAAUAAGAGCAAGUGUAGAGUCUUGCACCUAAGGAGGAAUAACCACAUGCACCAGUACAGGUUGGGGGAUAACCUGCUGGAGAGCAGCUCUGCAGAAAGGGACCUGGGACUCUGCAGUGUGCCCUGCAAGAAUGCCAGUGGUGUCCUUGGAUGCCCUAAAAGGAGUGUGGCCAGCAGGUCAAGGGAGGUGGUCUUCCCCCUCUACUCUGUCCUAGUGAGGCCUCAUCUGGAGCACUGCGUCCAGUUCUGGGCUCCCCAGUACAGAAAAGACAGGGAUCUGUUGGAAAGAGUCCGGCAGAGGGCCGCUAAGAUGACAGAGCGCUUGAAGCACCUCUCUUAUGAGGAAAGGCUGAGCAACCUAUGUCUGAAAAAAGAAGGCUGAGAGGGGUUUGAUCAAUGUCCUUAAAUAUCUAAGGUGCUGGAGGCAAAGGGACAAGGCCAGACUCUUUGCAGCAGUGGCGAUAGGAUGAGGGGGAAUGGCCACAAACUGAAGCUUAGGAAGUUACACACAGAUGUGUUGAAAACUUCUUCACGGAAAGGGUGAAGUGACGGAGCACUGGAACGGGCUGCUUGGAGACACUGAAGCCUCCUUCUCUGGAAAUGUUUAAGACCUGCCUGGAUGCCUACCUGUGGAACCUGGUCUAGGGAGCCUGCUUUGGCAGGAGGGUUGGUCUAGAUGAUCUUUAGAGGUCCCUUCCAGCCCCUACAAUUCUGUGAAUCUAUGAAAUCAAUUGUUAAGAAUGAAAAAAAGGAGAGAAGUGAGAGUAGAGGGGGCCCAUGAGAAAACAAGUCCUCCCAUCUCCCUCCCCUCCUUUUUUUUGUUACUGAGAGAAAUUGAGUGAAUAUGUGUACUUAAAAAUAACUAAAUAAAAAGAUGUCAACUUGGAAAAUCUUGCUGAAAGUUUUAUCUGCUUGAGUUUGAAGUUAAACAAAACCAUUUUUGUCCAUGUAACUGUGUCUCAUCCCUAGCCUGCUUGACAUUAAAUGUAGUUAAGGGCUAACAUCUUAUGCAGUGUUAUUAGCAGACAUCUGCAGUUGUCAGUUGCAAAAGCUAUUCUACAGAUGUCAGUUUAUCUAGACACUUUUGUCAGUCCCUCCAGUAAAAAGGGUCUGUUUGUUUGCUUUUUACCAGAGGCAGGCUGUAUAAACGAACUGAGAACGUCUCUUCCUAUGAGGGAUAAGAAAUCUGGAUUGAUUAUAGCGUGUUCAUUUCCACUUGAAAAUGCUUUCCAAAAAGUGUGCCAUAUAGAUUUCUGGGUAUUUUGAUGCUCUGAUCACUUCAUUUCAGAUUCCUAAAAGAGGUACUUGAAAUUAUAGUAGAACUCUCGCUAGUUUGUGGUUAGACCCCUUCAUUUUCUGAUGCCUUUGGGAAUUAAGAUUAGAGAAGGCUGUGGAGAAUGCUGUUCUAGACUUCCUAAAAUACACUCAGUAGAAAAGGUGCAAGAGAUUUCCCUGUAAUAAGGGGUUUCCCCCUAUUUAGGGAAAAACCAACGUAAAGAAAUGCUGUAGAUGUCUCAUGUGGAGGAGAAAUGGGAGUCAUGUUUUCCCUAGCCAGAGGCCUAGAGAUAAAUUUUGUGUUAGGGUUCCCCAUAAAGCCCUUUAUGAGCUGUAACAAACUAAUAGCAGUGCGUUUCAUUGUUCAUCCUGUUCUCCUGCUGAACUGCUGUGCUGCUGCUCCUGUAGCACGGUACAUAGGAAUAUACUGAGACGGAUUUUUGAAGACUAUAUGGUGUUUUCACUAUAACUGUGCAUAAUAGGAUAUCCCAACUUGCAGCACAGCAAUAUCAAAAUUGAACCAGAGAAACCAAAAGGCAGGAAAGCAGCAUAAUACAGUGUAACAAUGUAGGACGUAACUAGCUCUUCCAGAACUGCAUGUGAUAUCUGCAUUAAAUGACAAUUGUUGGGUGGGUAGAUAAGGUGGGGCCCUGUGCCAUUUGUGUAAGAAUCCCAGAGGAUAAGAGCUUCUUAGAGGAAGGAGUAGGAGGCAGUUCCAUUGAUCUGAUACCUUUAAUAGUCUUAGAGGUGUAGUAUGCGAAAGUGCAUAGGAUAUCUAUUCUAUUUUUCUUAGCAUUCUUAUUCUGUCUAUCAAUUAUAGAGAGGAAUAGGAAGUUCAGAAUGUGUUAAUAGGAAGUGAUUGUCUUCCUAGAAAACACGAUGGAUUCAGGUUUUCUCUAGAGAUGAAAGGAGGUAAGAAAAAUGAAGUUGAAUUCCAGCUGUAUAUGAUGAGUGAGUACACCGGUGACCUCUUAAAUGAUUCUGUGUCAUUACUUCGAAGGGACCUUCAAAGAUCAUCGAGUCAAACUGCCUAACUGCUUCAGGGCUAACUGAAAGCUAAAGUAUGUUAAUGAGGGCAUUAUCCAAAUGUCUUUUCUAAUAUUUCUAGCAUGGGGUACCAUCCCCCUCGUAGAGAUUUCCUCUUGUUCCACUGUUUGACCACCCUUACAGUAAAGAAAUUUUUUAUUUACUAUUUGAUCUCCUUCCUAUUUCUGUUGCUCUGUUGGAGUAUAGGGAAUGGAAAACCUGGCCUUGCACUGACAAAAAACUUGGCCUGGCACUUUGGCUUAGGGAACCUCUAGCUGGUAAAACUCUCUCAUAGUCCUCUCAGCACCACGUACAUUUUUCCCUGACAACACCAAGAGUGAGCUGAAGUGUAUGCUUAUAGCUGAUAGGCAUUUCAAAUGGUUAAUCUGUAUAAGUAUGUAUUUGAUAAAUCUGGAAUAAUGUCCAGCAGCUGGUUAGAAAUCUACUGGGCAUCAGUGCAGAUUUAAAGAGGUUUUGCUGAACUAGAAAAACUCCUAGAGCUCUGUAUGGGUAAGGCCAGGGCCCCAUAGGAGCUGUAUCCCUAGACAAAUUUUGCUUCAAAAUUUGCAGUUACCAUAAAGGAUUUUGAAGGCCCUAAUAACAGAUGCAUUGUCAGAUAUCUUUCUGUUCAGUUUCUCUUAGCUGCCUUUAUUCCGAGAAGUCCUUUAAACAGUAAGGACUUUCCUUUCUUGGCUGCAAUUUAAUAAAACAGCAUAGCUCUGGUGCUCUUUUGAGGAAAAUUAGUUGACUGUAUUAGAGCAAGAGUAGAUGUUGAUUCUGGGCAGGGAUCUGGAAGCGGUCCAGUGGAGAUGAGCAGAAACAUUAACCUCUUUAAUUGGAAACAUGCAAGCAGUAAACUUAGAAGGCUUUUUUUGUUUUGUUUUGUUUUUUGUUUUUUUUAACUUUAAAAGUGGCAAGACAAGUUGGUCUAAAGCACGUGUCCCAGUCUAAAAAGUCAGUGAGAUGGUCUGCUGGGGCUUCAGUUCCUGCUACAAUUAGCAAGCAGAGUAUCUUCGUGGCUCAGGCAAACUGCUGUUUUUCUAUUGAGGUUAAAUAAACAUUGGUAUUUUUGAUUACUUUUGCUACAUAUUUUUGAAGAUCUACUGCUCUAGUUGGAAUGUAAACUUUUUCUGUACCUUUUGAGUUCAUUGUCAGCUUUGAAUACAGUAGCCUAAGAGCCCUGUUAUAAAACAUGACCUUUUUGUUAAAUCUUUACAGAAAUAGACUGUGAAAUAUGAAUCAAAUAAAGUAUAUAGUUGAAAAAUAUAUGGCUUGGUCUAGUGCUGUUGAGCUGCCAAGUCCUUGAUUCCAAAUCAUGCUUUACUUAUUUCCACAAGACCAUGUUCCCCAUGUGGGAAAGUGCAAAUCCAAAAGUGGUACUAUGAUUUCUUACUGAAGAGUGACAUGUGAGCUUUAACAGUGUAUGUGAAUUAAAGGAUUUCUGGGAGGAGCCUGACUCAAAGUGGCCUGUACAGAACUCUAAAAAUAUAUUGCAGUGUGUGACCAUUGCCAUAGAUUUGUCGUGAAAACUUGGAAGAAUUUUUCAGUUUCUUAACUGUUACUUCCACGUGAUGACUGUACAUUAUACUCACUGUCUGUGCAGGGCGAACUCCUACACUAGCUUAAUCUGCCAGCCAGAUAUGCGUAAGGUCUGAAUUGUGAAGGGUAUGGAUAGUUUGUUACCAAAAGGAUUACUUGGGUGAAAAAAUUUAGUCCCUUUCUUGGCGGAGAAUGCUCAUCAACUAAAUCUGUAUCCCAGAUUUUCAAUAAAACAGGUUUUUCAAAA